CGUUUCAUCCAUUGACGUAUGACGCAUGUUUCCGUAAUGGCGAAUUAACUGAGACGUCAACAAAUUGCUCCGUUUUUAUUUAUUUUCGGGCUUUAGUUUGCUUAAUUUCGGUUCGUUUGUGUUAAAAUCGGUCAUUUCGCGUUCAUUUAACCCGUUUUGGUAAAUUUCUGCGCCAACUCGACUAUCUGUAUCUGUUAACAGAUAAGUUUAUCUCUUUAUUGUUCUGCGUUUUUGCUAGUGUGGGUUUGAAGCCUGUUUAGUAAGUCAUAUCCUGUGAUUUCGCCGAGUUAAAACCGGAGACAGAAUGGAGAACCCGUCAGGAAGUCGAGCCCCGAGCAAGCUCGAGCAGACCCAGGCCCAGGUCAACGAGGUGGUCGGGAUUAUGCGAGUGAACGUGGAGAAGGUGCUCGAGAGAGACCAGAAGUUGUCGGAGUUGGACUCGCGGGCUGACGCCCUCCAGGAGGGUGGAAAGAGGUUCGAACAACAAGCGCAGAAGUUGAAACGGAAGUAUUGGUGGAAGAAUCUAAAAAUGAUGAUUAUUUUGGGGGUAAUUGGGUUGGUGAUUCUGAUCAUCAUUAUAGUUUCGAUUGCUAAUUCAGUCGGAGGAGGAGAUGAUACAAGUACUACUACUAACGCAGUGGAGGGUGCGUCUUCCCAAGCUCCUUAAGUUCCCUGGGAUUCCAAUGGCCUUAUCGGUGCCUUAAUAACCGCACAAUUAAUGUUUUAGAGUUAUAUUUAAAUAUCUCAUAUACGUUAAUAGGUUUAGUGUGAUGUUUAGAAAAUAUAUUAUUUAUACUAACUGUUAAA